CACAAAACCAAGACACUGGAAUCUGAGAGGGGAGAGAGAAAGAGAGGGAGGGAGAGAGAGAGAGAGAGAGAGAGAGAGAGGUGCCUGCAUAUUAGUUUAUAAGGGGCCUUGAAAGUUUGGAGAUGGUGCGGCAGUGAAGUGUUUUUCCCUUGAAUGGUUUCUUGUGUUUUGGAUGGAUUUGAUGAGAGAUACAAAACUUAGGAAUAAAACAUGUUGUGUUCAUCACACAACAGGACAAGCCCAAUGUACACGAAUACAAACCAUUCUUCCACAAGAAACAACAACACCACAACAUUCCUCAAACAUGGCCUCUUCCUCUCCAAUCAUGUUCAUAUUUGUUGCUUUUCUUUUUGCCGCUUCUUCACUUAGCCCGGUCCUCUCACACCCCAUUCCCUCAGAUUCCGGCCACCACCGCCCAACGGCCAACCAGACUUUCCACCCAGGUCUACAGCUGCAGAAGCUGAAGAGAGUCAGAGCCUAUCUCAGGAAGAUCAACAAGCCUGCAGUCAAGACAAUUCAGAGUCCUGAUGGUGAUGUGAUAGAUUGUGUUUUAUCUCAUCUCCAACCAGCUUUUGAUCAUCCUCAGCUAAGAGGAAAGACACCAUUGGAUCCACCAGAAAGACCAAAAGGACAUGACUCCAUAAAUGCUGUGGCAGAGACCUUUCAGAUAUGGAUGAAUUCUGGUGAAUCAUGCCCAGAAGGAACAAUUCCGAUUAGGCGAACCACAGAGAAAGAUAUUCUAAGAGCUAGUUCCAUAAAAAGAUUUGGAAGAAAAUUAAGAAGAAAUGUGAAGAGAGACUCAACAAGCAGUGAUCAUGAGCAUGCAGUUGUUUUUGUAAAUGGAGAUCAGUAUUAUGGAGCCAAGGCCAGCAUUAAUGUGUGGGCGCCCCACGUGGCCGAUCAAUAUGAAUUCAGCUUGUCACAAAUAUGGAUCAUCUCUGGUUCAUUUGGCAAUGAUCUUAAUACCAUAGAAGCUGGUUGGCAGGUCAGCCCAGAGUUGUACGGAGAUAACUAUCCAAGAUUCUUCACAUAUUGGACAACCGACGCAUACCAGGCCACUGGCUGCUACAACUUACUUUGCUCAGGUUUUGUCCAAACAAACAACAGGAUCGCUAUUGGGGCUGCAAUCUCUCCAAGGUCAUCUUACAAUGGCAAACAAUUUGAUAUUGGAUUAAUGGUUUGGAAGGAUCCAAAGCAUGGACACUGGUGGCUUGAGUACGGGUCUGGACUAUUGGUUGGGUACUGGCCAUCGUUCUUGUUUAGCCACUUGGGGAAUCAUGCAAACAUGAUACAAUUUGGUGGAGAGAUUGUUAAUACUAGAUCAACUGGUUUUCACACAUCAACACAGAUGGGCAGUGGCCAUUUUGCAGAAGAAGGAUUUGGGAAAGCAUCUUAUUUCAGAAACUUACAAGUUGUGGACUGGGAUAAUAGCCUGCUUCCUCUACAAAACCUUCACCUACUGGCUGAUCAUUCAAAUUGUUAUGAUAUAAAACAAGGGAAAAAUAAUGUUUGGGGAACCUAUUUUUACUAUGGAGGUCCUGGAAGGAAUGUUAAGUGUCCCUAAAGAAAAUGGCAUAGGGAAUAGACAGUAAUCUUCUUCUUUUUUUUUUUUUUUUUUCCUUUUUUUGAGUAUUUGGCUUGGCUUCUCGUAGUUGGCCUUAACCGGGGUUUCUGGUAUUUUUAGAUUUUAUUUUCCAUAAAAAUUUGAUUCCUUUCUUUUCUAACAGGUCACCAUUGAUUAUCCUACCUACCUCUGAGAGGUAUGUAAAUUUGGGAGAGUAUACAAAUUUUCAAUAUACUGUGGGGUUGUUUUGUGCA